AUGUCUGGAGACUCGGGAAUCUCUGGAGUUUUCCCUAGAGAUAACGCGAAUGAAAGAUACAUCGCAACCGAUGACGAAACCUUUUCGAUAACCUCGUCUAUAUUUAAUUACCAGUAUGAAAAUGGAAGACGCUAUCACGCGUUCAGAGAGGGUGCUUAUUAUGCACCAAAUGACGAUUAUCAAAAUAAUCAAUUAGACAUAUUCCAUCACAUCUUCCUCCUUAUGCUCGGCGGGGAUCUUUACACUGCACCACUGGAAUCACCAAAGAGAAUUCUCGAUGUCGGUACCGGGACAGGCAUAUGGGCAAUGGACAUCGCCGACAAGUUCCCCAACGCUGAGGUUAUUGGAACCGAUCUCUCUCCCAUACAACCUGAAUGGGUUCCACCGAACGUCCACUUUGAAAUCGACGACGCAGAGAGCGAGUGGACAUAUGGAGAAAACUAUUUCGACUAUAUUCACAUCCGCUGUCUUUUCGGCGCCAUUUCCGACUGGCCCACGCUGAUUGAACAAGCCUACAAACACCUUGCACCAGGAGGCUGGAUCGAAGUCUCAGAGGCCAAACUACCCUACGACUGCGACGAUGGAACGUUACCGGAGAAUAGUUAUCUGAAUCGGUGGGCGCAGUUGGCGAUUGAGGCCGGGGAAGAGAUGGGAAGGUCGUUCGACAUCACGGACAAGAUUGGACGCUGGCUGGAGGAGAGUGGGUUUGAGAAUAUCACGGAGAAGUACUAUAAGACGCCAAUUGGGCCCUGGGAGAGAGACCCCCACUUGAGGGAGAUUGGAAAAUACAACCUGUUAAAUUUGUUGGAGGGGAUGGAUGGAUUUACGACGGCAUUGUUUACAAGAUACCUUGGAUGGAAUCGAACCGAAGUUCAGGCGUAUUAUGGAAAUCUCCGCCAGGAGAUCACAAAUCCAGAAAUCCACUCCUACUUCAAAACAUUCUACUGGAUUGGACAAAAGCCAACCACUAAUCACCACGGAAGGACAUAA